GGUGGACGUUAUUUCCGGAGCAGCAUGGCGGCCACGGAGGACGAGCAGUCGGCGGGGAGCAGUGAGGGAGAGCGGCUGGAUUUCCUACGUGAUCGACAUGUGCGGUUCUUCCAGCGUUGCCUCCAGGUCUUGCCGGAGCGUUAUUCUUCGCUUGAGACCAGCAGGUUGACAAUUGCAUUUUUUGCGCUUUCCGGGUUGGAUAUGUUGGAUUCCUUAGAUGUGGUGAACAAAGAUGACAUAAUAGAGUGGAUUUACUCCCUGCAAGUCCUUCCCACAGAAGACAGAUCAAAUUUAAAUCGCUGUGGUUUCCGAGGCUCUUCAUACCUGGGUAUUCCAUUCAAUCCGUCAAAGAAUCCUGGGACAGCUCAUCCUUAUGAUAGUGGCCACAUAGCAAUGACCUACACUGGCCUUUCAUGCUUAGUUAUUCUUGGAGACGACUUAAGCCGAGUAAAUAAAGAAGCUUGCUUAGCAGGCUUGAGAGCCCUUCAGCUAGAAGAUGGAAGUUUUUGUGCUGUACCUGAAGGAAGUGAAAAUGACAUGCGGUUUGUGUACUGUGCUUCUUGUAUUUGCUAUAUGCUCAACAACUGGUCAGGCAUGGAUGUGAAAAAAGCUAUUGACUAUAUUAGAAGAAGUAUGUCCUAUGACAAUGGACUGGCACAGGGAGCUGGACUUGAAUCUCAUGGAGGAUCGACAUUUUGUGGCAUUGCAUCACUGUGUCUGAUGGGUAAACUAGAAGAAGUUUUUUCAGAAAAAGAAUUGAACAGGAUAAAGAGGUGGUGUAUAAUGAGGCAACAAAAUGGUUAUCAUGGAAGACCUAAUAAGCCUGUAGACACCUGUUAUUCUUUUUGGGUGGGAGCAACUCUAAAGCUUCUGAAAAUUUUCCAGUAUACUAACUUUGAGAAAAACAGAAAUUACAUCUUAUCAACUCAAGAUCGCCUAGUAGGGGGAUUUGCCAAGUGGCCAGAUAGUCAUCCAGAUGCUUUACAUGCCUACUUUGGGAUUUGUGGCCUGUCACUAAUGGAGGAAAGUGGAAUUUGUAAAGUACAUCCUGCCCUGAAUGUAAGCACACGGACUUCUGAACGCCUUCAAGAUCUCCACCAGAGUUGGAAAGCCCAGGACUCUAAACAAUGUUCAGAAAAUGUACACAUCUCCACAUGAUUGACUUUAGAUUGGGACAGUGGGGGCGGGGGGUGAUUUAUAGCAUAAUUGUAGCCCAAGGUUAAAAGCCAUGUAUAACCAAGUGUGUGCUUUUUUGAGAAGUGAAGGGAUACAAUCAAAUAUCAUGCUUAUGUCACUUUGGGGGAUAUGGUCUUGAGCCAGUAACCUUUGUACUGGGUUUCAAGAAAAUCUUUGUUUAAGUCUGAACCACAGUGGACUCUGUCAUAGAUCUUAAAUGUUUAUACUGUAUUUCUAAGAAGUUCUUUAAGGCAAAUUAACUGUAUGUAGUUACCUUCAAACAAACUUCAGUACAAAUUGUAUCAUGUUAUAAAAUGGACACAAAACUUCAGAACAGUUUACACUUCAUAUAGCAUUGAUAAUCUUCCGGUGAACACUUAGUGAUUAUUUUUAAAGUUUGAUUGCUGAUGGUAGAAAAUUGCUUGAAGAAUUAAGUAUCUGGGAUUAUUCUUUGAAAACAGAUAAUCCCAUAAUUUUUUUAAAGAAUGACUUAUUUUAUCUUAUUCUUAAGUGUGCCAAUUAAAUUUGUGUGGCCUAUAUAAAUGAAAUUAAUGACUUCAUAGUAAGAAUCAAUAGGCUUAACUAAUACAAUAGUUUUCUAAAGGAAUUUUGCUUUAAUAAGAUUCUAUCAUGUAUUAAAGUCACCGCAACUAAGAGAAAAGCAAAUUAACUAUAUGUGAUUGUGAAAGGGAAAGUUCUGUGUUAUGCUGGGGGGGAAUACUAGCUAUGUUUGAUUUUAAUCUGAAAUCAUUAGUUGCCUUUUUUUUCUUUCUGGGGAGAAAAUCUUUCAUAUAUUGAAGGAAAGAUAAUGAGUUUGUUUACUUUAUUGAAAUAUGUGAUGUUGUAAAUUAUAUUUGUACUUUUAUAGCUGAGUUAUUUUUACCCAUUUGGAUUUUUUUUGUUUUUUUUUUCCCUCAGUUUGAGUUAGCUGCUCUAAUUUCAAACUAAUAAUUUUCUAAUGUUUUCAAAUUAAAUAAGUGAAAAUGUAAGUACAAAAAUAGAACCAUGCAAGUAAAUUCAAUGGUGCAGCUCUAUACAUAGUCAUUUAUAUUUUUAUAUUUUGAGGCAAGUGGGAGGGAGAUGUACCCAUUUAGGGGGUAAGGGCUGAGGUUUCACUUUUGUUCAUUUAUUUUCUUAAUUCUGUGAACUAUCUAAUUGUAAAGGAGAUAGUGUAAAAAUUUAUCUUCAUUACUAAUCAGUUUAUCAAUAAAUCCUAUCCAUCACUCUUGAUCAGUGGCAUUCAAAGAUAUGAGUCUAGUAUUAAAUGAAGAAGAAAAUCUCUUAAGGAGCUAGGUUUAAGUUAUAGUCUUGGUGAUAAUAAAUGUUGAAUUCUACACAUAUCAAUAUAAAAAUGAAAUUACUAGCAUCACUGUUUAGAUAAUAUUUUUAAUUUUAUUUUCAUUUCUCUCCAAAAUUAGAGAAAACCAAACCAAACCCAUUGCCAUCGAGUCAAUUCCAACUCAUAGCGACCCUAUAGGAUGAGAGUAGAACUGCCCCAUAGGGUUUCCAAGGAGAAGCUGGUGGAUUCAAACGGCCGGCCUUUUGAUUAGCAGUUGAACGCUUAACCACUAUGCCACGAGGGCUCCAGUAUAUUCUUGGAGAAUCAAUUCACUCAUUAUUGGUAUGCUUAGUUUUAAACUUGAGUUUGCCAAAUCAAAAAAAAAAAAAAACGAAACCAGUUGCUG